UCUCGCACGAGUCCGCUUACAAGGACGAGACUUCCAACAUGGCGCUGUCCUUAGCGAAAUUAACGAGGACUAAUAAUAAAGUUUUAGUUCAGGGCUUUGAUGCAAUUAAUAUAGUAAGAAAAGGAGCUCCAGUCAUUUUUCAGCAACAGAUUGCAAGGUUUCCAUCGUCAAAGCAUUAUGAGCCCAAAUUUAGAGAAUUGAGGAGAAAGAAGUUUUUGAAGAUAAAUCUACCAGAUUAUCAGAAACUUAGAACAGAGAGAGAUUUACCUGCUGAUGAGGCCCGUAUGAACAUGAAAAAAGAGGGGAGAUUACCACCAAGAACUUUUCAGGAGAGACCUGUUAAUAUUUCCUGUACUACCUCAGUAUUUGAGCCCUUCAUUCCACCAGAAGGUGAUGGAAAAUCAUCUAUGUUAUCUACUGAGGGUGCUAAAGAUCGUUUAACAGCACUGCAGAUGAAGGGAAAGUCCAGACUUGAACUGAGAAAGAUAAGAAAAUAUGAGGAGGGUUUUGACAUCAAGGAAUUUGCCCAUACAGCGCAAGAUAUUUUAUUGCAGGCCCAAUAUUUACUGCAAAAUGUUGAAGAAAAUGAAGAUCAACUACAUGAUUUAGUCACAGAGAAAGCGUAUCCUGAAAUGACAUUUGGUUUAUGGAAUAAGACUUUAAGAUGGAAGUUUAUUGAGUCAGUAGAACCACCACGUAGUGUACAUGUUAGAACCACAGAUAUGCUGAGUAAAACAAAUAUCUAUGCUCAAAUAACAGUUAGAAUGCACACAAGACAGAUUCUAGCUUUAUAUGACAGAUUUGGAAAACUGAUGUAUGGAAGUGAACAUUUAAUAAAAGACGUUUUAGAAUAUGUUGUGUUUGAAAGCCAUAUUGCUGAUACUUAUGGAAAGUGGCGCAUUCAUGGUAAAAUUAUUCCAGAUUGGAUGCCUCCGCGAGAACCAUUAAUCAAAACUUAUCGUAAACCAGUCUUUGAGGAAAUUCCAGAUGAGGAGGAAAUAAAGAACGAACAGAAACCAGAAGAAAUAACACCAGCUUCUUCUGGACCUUCAUUGGCUGCAGCUUAGUGACUGUUCUAUUGUUCUACAUAUCUGGAUGGACUUGUAUCCCAAGGGAGUCGACAGCAUUACAUGUUUAUGUGUGUUAGAAAGCUAACACAAUUUGUAACUUGAUGUCAUCAUGUGAAAUUGUGUUUAACAGGAGAGAGAGAGAAUGUGAAGUUACUGAUGGAGGUUUGAACAAAUUGUGUGUAUUAGUCAAGUAUAAUUUGGAAAACAGUUCUCUCUCUUCUCUGAUCAAAUUAGUAUACAUUCUUCAAAAAGACCAUACUUGUAAAAGAGUCAUAGAUAAUUAAAAUAAUGCAAGAAAUAUCUGAAACAAAAUGUUGACUUAAUUUUAUCUUAAGUUUUAGCUUAAGUUUUCACCAUUGUCAUGUAUGAGGCAGUCAAUGCUUUCUAUUUCUUGCACAACCAGUAGUGAUACUGCAAGAUUUUGACAAAACAAUAAACUUCUCUUCUGUGAAAUUGCGAAAAAGUAAGCUUCUUUAGUACAUUUCAUUUAAUUGAAAUUCUAUCUUAUUUGAUCUCCAGGUUAUACUGGUAGUAUUUAGGUCCGAGCCCCAACACCUUCGAAUAUAGAACACAAUGAUAUACUACUGUUUAAAUUUGGAGUAGUACAAGGGAUGUUAAUAUAUACUUCUUGUGAUACUUUUGAGAUCUUCACCAUUCAGUAAAUAAAAUAUUUCUUUUUGA